UCAAUGGAGCAAAAAACAUUUCCGGUUUUCAAAAUGUCAGAGCGGACAGCGAGUGUUUACUGAUGAAGUUUACAGUAUAUGAUACUGCAGUCCGGCGAUGACUCUGUCAUCCUUUUUUAAUGUUUAAUUACAACACCCAACGGAAAGAAGACACCAAACGAGGUUGGAAAACACUGCCUUUUUGGAUUGGAUUUGUCGAGCCAUGCCUUACCUCCACGGCUUUCGAAGGAUCGUAUAUGAGUAUCAGCCAUUGGUGGAUGCUGUCAUGAGUGUGGUUGGGCAGGAAGGAGACGGUAAUCAUGAGAGCAGACCAGAAGAUGAGAGACAUCGAUGCAGUUCUUUAAUAGAGCUGCUGGAGCGAGAGUCCCAAUCUGAAGUGUUCUUGGAAGGGAUCAGCUAUUCUCUGUUUAAGGUGGCUGAGCAAGGAAGGGUGGAGGCUGCUGAAGUCCUUCUACAGUACAGAGCAAAUCUUAGUUUUGAGGAUCCAGUGUCCUUCUACAGUCCACUGCAUAUAGCAGUUCUGAGAAACAGACCAAAUAUGGUGAAAUUGCUUGUUGAACACAAUGCUGACAUUGAAAAAAGAGACCGGAUCCAUGAGAGCAGCCCGUUGGAUCUUGCCAGUGAGGACUCGGACCGUUUGCCCUGCCUGCUUGCCUUGCUUGAGCUGGGUGCCAAUGUGAAUGCAAGAGAUAAACGAGGAAAAACCCCUUUGCUUCAUGCCUUGGCCAGCAGCGAUGGCCUAACCGUGAACAACACAGAGAACAUACAGCUUCUCCUUCAGCGAGGUGCUGAUGUCAAAGCUGUUACUGAAGAUGGUGAAACAGUUGCAUCCUCGUUGGUCUUCCUGGUCAAGGAGGCGCUUGACGGCAGUGCCGAGGAGGCUGCCGAGAUGGGGAAAUUCUGCCUGAAAACCACACAGUUACUGCUGGCCCAUGGUAUGGACCCCAGCUGCGAUGCCAAUGACAGCGAGUCCUCCCUGACCCAAACAAGCCUGGAGCACUUUGACCUUCUUUUCCCACUGGCUGUGCUCAUAAUCCAGAGCGGAGCCUCUUUGUUUUCUGCGGACAGUGACUCCUGCUGGCAAGCUCCCACGAUUAUUUUCCAGCGGCUUCAGUUAGCCCUGCGGCACUGCUCAGAUCCGAAUUAUGCCUCCGAGCUCCUUGAGCAAGCUGAGUUGUUGUUGGACCUAGCGAGAGUGAACUACCCCAGACUGAGCCCGCAUCCCAUCUUGGAAGUGCUUACGUUUGGACAAGACCCUCACCCAUGUGCUCCAGCUCUUCAAGAUUUAUACAGCCAGGUAGUCAUGCAAGAUAUGUGCCCUGCUGCUCUCAAGUGCAUUUGCAGGGCAUUUAUUAGGAGCCACCUCCAACCCUGGCCACUGGAAGAGAGAAUCAAUGCUUUGCCAUUACCAGGCAGACUGAAAGGAUUCCUUCUUCCUGAGCUCACAUAUAAGCCAAAGCCUGGUUGGGACCGUUUUAAGCCCAGGCAAAGCCAUCUCUGAUCAUCUGCCGUUUCACAGUGUUGUUCCAGUAUUUCACAUAUCAUGCAAAAUUUCAUGUAAAGCGGCUGUGCGUUAAUCAUCAACUAUAACGGGAAAACCCCAUUGAGGCACGGGGCUCAGAAACAGUCAUUUGUGCUUUUUAAUUAUAUUUACUGCAAGACGCAAAAGACAAAUUUCAUAAAGAUUAUGAAGUGUU